UUUUGGCUGCGUGUUCACUUCGUUUGGUCGUUGGUUUUUGGCUAACAAAACAAAAUGGCCGGGACAAAUGUUAAAAUUAUUGAAUCGAAACUUGAUAUUUUCCAAGUGCCACAAACCUAUGCACUGGGCCAUGCCGUUGAGUCAUCGUUCUCGGCCCAGCGAGGCACUUUGGCCUGGCAAUUUGGCCUAAUCUUUGGCGAUGUCGAGGAACUGCGUCAGCGACGUGUCUCGCGCGGCAAUUGCGCUGUAUUGGAGCACAAUUCGAGAUUUGUCUAUUAUUUGGUAACCAAAUCCAAUAUAUACGAUACGACCACUUAUGAUGAUGUCCAAGCGGCAUUAAUUUGUAUGCGAGAACAUAUGCGCAAUCAUGAAAUCACCAAAGUGGCCAUGCCACGCAUUUGCUGUGGCAACAAUGAUGCCCUCGAUUGGAAGCAAGUGAAACGCAUCAUGCAACAGAUCUUUGCCCAUAGCGAAUAUGCCAUCGAGAUAUUGAUCUGUGAGCACAACGACAUGACAAAGGAGCUUGCCGCACCCAAGUGUCAGAUAACCGAAGCCAAGGGUAAUCUAUUUAGUGCUCCCGAUAAUUUUGCAUUGGUUCAUUCGGUUAGCGCCGAUUUUGCCAUGUGUGCGGGCAUCAAUUUGCAAUUCCGUUGCAAAUUUGGCCAAGUCGAUGAUUUAAAGAAACAGGGCAAACAUACGGGAAAUGUUGCCGUUUUGGAACAAGGCGGUAGAUAUAUAUACAAUCUGGUUACCAAAGAGCGUAGCCACGAGAAAUGUACAUAUACGGCCUUAUAUUAUGCCCUCUUGGCCAUGCGGGAACAUAUGAGGGAACAUAAUGUCACCAAAUUGGCUAUACCACGCCUUGGCUGUGGCAUUGAUCGUUUAGAUUGGCUACGUGUACGUAGUCUAUUGGAAUUGGUUUUUGCCAACGAUACAGUGGAUAUUAUUGCCUUUUUUUAUCAGCCACCCAGCAUGGUGGGGGAUAAUAUUCAGAUCGUGUGUCCCACAUGUCAUCAAAUGAAGACCUUGAAUGUGCCCCGACAUGUUAGCCGCUCCAUACAGUCACUCUACAGAGAGAAGACUCCAUUUUAAUCAUAUAAACUUUACAAGUAUUAUAGUAUAUACUAUAUAACACUCGAAAUGAUUCUUUAUAUAUAGCACCAAAAUGCACAUUUUACUUAUUUUAGUUUC